AUGUCCUUCUUCGGUUUCGACCCGACGCGCCCGAGCCACAACACGGCGGCGCCGGGCUUUUCUCAAGCCCACGAUCCUUUCGCUGGCCUCUCUCGCGGUAACACCGAAGACGACGAUGCUGUCGAGUUCGACGACACGUAUGAUGGUCUAGGCGAUCAGCUUGAAGAGAGCGGCGAUGCUUUCAACGACGACACUUUCGGAGGCGGUGGCAACGACACCAUCUCUUCUGCCCCCGUCGGCAAGGACUUUGACUUCUUUGGCCAAACAGCCAAAGUGUCGGAUGCUAUCGAAGAAGAGCAAGUCCGCUACAGCCGCCAGGUCCCCACGGCGAAGCCAGCCCCCGCCCCGGCGUCGGUCCAACAGCAACAGCACUACCAGCAGCAGGCUCAGCCUCCGCCGAACUACUACUAUCAAAGCCAGCAGGCUCCCAGACCUGUCCGCACCGGCUAUGAGAAGUACCAAGAGGCAGAGCCUAUCCCCGACCUCCAUGUCGACGCAUCACUCUGGGGCAUGCCUUCCAAGAAACCCAUCGUCCCGGAGCCUUCGCCGCAGCCGCAAGCUGCCUCUGCUAGCCGCAAGGUGAUGAGUCUGGAAGAGGUGGAAAAGGCAAUGCGAGAGCAGGCUACCAAGCGAACGGCCCAUCCUGCUCUUUCAGAGUCUGCGCCGGGCGCUCAGGGCUAUCCGGCCGAUCGGGCUGAUUACGGCUAUGGCCGACCGGAGCCUGCUCAACAGCAAUCCUUCCAGGGCGUCGAGCAUCAUCAGCAACGUGCUGGUCAGGCUCCCCAGCACGCCGGCCAUGGCCACCCUGUUACCAUCCUUCAGCGACCCCAGUCUAUCACCUCGAAGCCCACGCCGCCUAUUCAAAGCACCCCCAGCCCUCUUGCUCAACCCCCCCACUCUCAAGCUCCGCCUACGCAGCCGACUCAGAUCUUGCAGAACCCCAAUAGGCUUUCGGGCGAUGCCGCUCGGAUCGGGGCACAUGGCCAGCCGCCUCACGGUCAGCACCAGGCCCAUCGAUCGCAAGGUUCCAUGGGCCGUGUCCCUCAGGUCGCCCAGCAGCAGCAGCAGCAGCAGCAUCUUGCUCACCUCUCCGAAGAUGAGAAGGCUGCGUACCUCGACCAAGAAACUAAACGUGCUAAACGCAACCACAAGAUUUGGCUCUUGUCCAAGGACAACGGCCUCAUGACGCCUCAGGACAAGAACUUUGUAACUCGUAUCCAACUGCAGCAACUGGUAUCGGCCACUGGCAACCCUAUCGAUCAGACCAACGACGACUCCCUGACUGAGGACUUUUACUACCAGGUACUGAGCCAGAUCCGCGGUGGCCAGCGCCAGAACCCGAACCAACCUCUGAACAACUUCGCCCAGACCUACCUAUUCCAGACUGGAAGUCGCCAGGGCAACAUGAGAAGACAGGGACGGGCUGCCGAGAACCAUGUUCAGCGGAUGGAACAACAAGUUCAGCGUGCCGUCGAGGCUGCCAAGAACAAGCCCAAGAACCCUCAGUUGGUCAUUGCUGGCAGUCUCGGAAAGAUCUCCUUCAGCAACGCCAAGACACCGAAGCCCCUUCUCAACAUCAAACGAACCGACAGCAGCGGGGACGCUAACCGUCCUGGCAAUGGCAAGCGUCAUGGCGAUUCGAAUGGUCUGGAUCGCAAGGCUAUUCUGCGAAACAUCGAAAAGGUCUACAAUACCAUCAUGAAGAUGGAGGACCACGCCCGCUUCAUCCCUCCCCCGCCUGCCAAUGGCAAUGACGAAGAGUUCCACGUCAAGCACCAGGCGUGGUUGGAGACAGCCCAAGCGCUCAACGCCCAGCUCUGGAACGACCUCAAGGUUCACGAGCCCAUCGGUGCGACUACCAUCCACCCUUUCAUCGCGUUCCUAUCGUUCCCUAAGGGCAAGAAGGCCAUUCCUCGUGUCUUCCGACACAUCAGCUUCGAACAGCGCACCACGAUCUUGACCAUGAUCAUCAUUCACCUCGACCAACUCGAUGUGGUCUACGGUGCUCAGACUACUGACGGCGAGGUCAGCCUCAACGCUGCUAUGCGCGAGAGCAUUGAACUCUUCUCUGCCGCUGUGAUGCCGAGCCUGUUUGCUUACUUCAACGAGACCGAGCUUGAUAUCGUGACGGGUGUUCUUGGUCUUAUUAGCACCAAGCUGAACAUCGACCUCAUUGCCAAGACACGUGUGGGUUGCUCGAUGUUGACUCUGAUUCUGAGCAGAGCCGAAUUGUUAAAGCAAGGUGGUGGCGGUACUCCGCAGCUGUGGGCUGAAUGGGAGCAAACCUUCAACUUGUUCUUCAACAAGCUUGAGCCUACUCUUCAUCACAUCUUCCCUGGCAGCGUCAAUACGGGAGAAGACGUCGUUGUUUGGCAGCUUCUCGCAGCUGUUGGUGUCAGCGCCAACCCCGAACAGCAGCAGCGCCUGGUUCUUGCUGUCAAGGACCGUGUGCUCGAUACAGUCGCUCACGCAAAGACGCUUCCUGGCGCUAUGGCAACUACUCGGUUGGCUACUGUCAACCUCUUCAUGCACUCCAUUGGCUUGGAUGUUGAAUUGCUUCAGUAA